UAUGCAAACAGGAACAUGGCUGUCGGUGUUUGACAUAGCACUGCAGUCCAUUUAUUCUUAAUUUCUGUCGGCCCUCUGAAGAGUCUCCUCCAGUUCAACUGUACGUUUCCAGCGAAACAACAACGUCUGUGGAUUUGUUAUCUGUUCGCCCUCUGAAACGCACCGUUUAGUUUUUUUGGGGCCACGCAAACAGUGAGUCAACAUGGCGAGUCCAAGGACCAGAAGAGUUUUGAAGGAAGUUAGAACCCAAGAAGAAAAUAAUCUCUGCUUUGAGUGCGGGGCCUUCAACCCCCAGUGGGUAAGCGUGACCUACGGGAUCUGGAUCUGUUUGGAAUGCUCUGGAAAACACAGGGGCCUGGGAGUUCAUCUCAGUUUUGUGCGCUCUGUCACCAUGGACAAGUGGAAAGAUAUUGAGCUUGAGAAGAUGAAAGCAGGCGGGAAUGGCAAAUUCCAUUUGUUUCUGGAGCUCCAAGAUGAUUACAAUCCCAAUUGGACUUUGCAGGAGAAGUAUAACAGCCGAGCUGCUGCGCUCUUCAGGGACAAGGUUGCAACUUUAGCAGAAGGAAAGGAGUGGUCUUUAGAGACAUCAUCUGCCAAAAAUUGGACAUCACCUCAACCUAAGACCAGCCUUUCAUCCUCCCAUCGGUCUGGAAGGCCUGGAGCGACCUCUGCCAAAUCUGGUGAUAAAGCUUUUGAAGACUGGCUUAGUGAUGACGUCAACUCUUAUCAGAGUGGAGGGGGUUACAGCGGGAAUCAGGAGAACCGAUAUGUUGGCUUUGGCAACACGGUGUCUCCGGAGAGGAAGGAGGAGGACUUCCUCAACAAUGCUAUGUCCUCCAUUUAUUCAGGUUGGAGCAGUUUCACUGUCGGCGCGACCAAGUUUGCAUCUAUUGCAAAAGAUAACACGUCGAAACUGGCAAAUCAAGCCACUUUGAAGUUAAGGGGUUAUAAGGCACCCCCAGAACCGGCCACAGAGUUAGGACAGACUAUAAAUGAGAAUGUUAUCAAACCUACCCAAGAAAAGGUGAAAGAUGGCAAAUUGCUAGAUGAAAUGACAGUCGGCAUCACUGGCUUGGCAAACAAGGUUCAGGGAGCUGGUGCCAAACUGACCAACCUUUUCUCUGGAAAAUCCGAAGAUGGGGCCACUGGAGAUAGCUACCAGAACAUGGAUGCUGGCGAGGGAUAUCAGGGCAGCUCCAGUGAGCCUGUGUCAAAGGACUUCUGGGAAACGUUUGGGAGCAACAACUCCUUAAAGGCCAAGAAAUCUCCAAGCAGCGACAGCUGGACCGUUGCAGAUCAUUCUGCCAAGAAGAGCUCUGACAGUUGGGACAAUUGGGGCUCGGAUGCUGCGUCCAACAACAAACACAGCACGGAGGAGAGCUGGGAGGCCUGGGAUAACAACUGGGAGAAUGCAGACGGUAAGACCAAGAAGAGUCCCACAAAACCUGCUGAGGAAGCCUGGGGUGCCGCAGACUGGUAAUCAUCUCUCCUAGUUGACCUCCUCUCCUCUUUCCCUCUUGUCCACUCUUUCGCUCUUCAUCCCACGGGCACAGGAACUCACUUUCUGUCCAUCUAUUCUCAUCUUCUAUGUUGAACGUAGGCCCCAAAAGGAACAAUGCCCAGUCUUACAUUAAUUGCAUGAUUGAAAAUCAUAUUCUUAAACAAAGCUAUGCUAUAGAAAAUUGCAAUUUUGUACAUUAUUGUAAAUCUUCAGCGGAGGAAGUAGUGGAGUGUGAAUACAGUCUCAAACUACAACCCCAUCCUCAAAA